UGGCCUGGGCUCUUGGGGUUUCCGGGGGGGUCCCUCCUCUUUAUGAUCGUAGUUGGCCAGCAAAGUAGCUUUGAAUUCCGCGCCAAAUUGCUACAAAAGUGACAUCUAUUAUUGGCGUCAAAACGAGGCCGAGAGUCGCCAUAUUUAUUUUCCACGCCGAAAACAAAGUCAAUAAUUCAAAUCAUUUCUUAGCUUUUAUUGCAAAUAACAGGACAAGCAACGGGUUCAACCAGCCAACAAGAUGUCCUAUCCCCCUAGGCCGCCAAUGGGUAUGCCCCCAAUGGGAGGUAUGGGUUAUGGAUACAAUCCGAUGGGAAUGAUGCCUAUGGGCAUGGGCAUGAUGCCCCCUGGGGGAAUGAUGAGGCCAAAUAUGAAUCAACAACAACAAAAUGCUCCACCAAAGAAACCAGUUCAGAAACUCAUACCUCAGGAGAUUCCAAAGGACUCCGAUGAAAAGGCUCCUGUAACAACCGUGUUUGUCGGCAACAUUAUUGAAAGAGCUCCAGACCAGAUGAUACGAACAAUGUUGCAGAGAUGCGGCAAUGUUCUCAGCUGGAAGAGGGUCCAAGGAGCAUCAGGGAAACUUCAGGCAUUUGGCUUUUGCGAGUAUGAGGACCCAGAGGCAACUUUGAGAUGUAUUCGACUUCUCAACGACUGGGACAUAUGUGAUAAGAAACUUGUGGUUAAAGUGGAUGCUAAAACUAAAACCCUCCUUGAUGAGUAUAAAGAAAAGCGUGCUAAAAAGAGUGGAAAAACAGAAGAUGAAGAUGAUAGCGGGGAUGAAGCCACACAACGUGAAGACCGUGUCGCUAAAGCAGGCCUUGAUGCCAUUAUGAGGGAAUAUCAUAGAGACCUUAAUAAACCUUAUCCUAAUUCAAAUGUUAAAAAGGGACAUAAGUCUAACCAAAGUGAUUCAAAGGAGGAUGAGAAACCUAAAGAAAAGAAGAAAACCACUGAAAUGGGAGGUCCAAUCAAAGAUGUGGGGUUAGAUGAUAUGGCAAUUGAGGAAGAUCAGAAAGCGCUGAUAAACAGAGAGAUCAAUCGCUUCCGAGAUGCACACAAGGGAGAAGAAGUCAAGGAAAUAGAAGCAGACCCUGCUGCUCUUGAAGCUGAUGAAAACAGGCGGAGACGGAUGGAGCGGGAAUUAGAGCGUGAUCGGAAAAGGAUGAAAGAAAUGGCCAUGAUUGAAGAGGCUCGGAGAAAUGCAGUGAAGCGACCCAGGACACGGUCUCGUUCAAGGUCAAGGUCGCGAUCUAGAUCACCAAGGUCGAGAGGUGGAGACAGAUCUAUGGUUCGGGACAGAGGUGAACGAUCACGUGAAAGUCGUGAAAGAGAGCGUGAAAGAAGGGAGAGGGAACGUAUGAGGGAGAAAGAGGAUGAAGAAGAUGCCUACGAGAGAAAGAAACUUGAAAGAAAACUAAGAGAAAAAGAGGCAGCAUAUCAAGAGAGACUGAAGAACUGGGAAGGCAGGGAGCGCAAGAGAUCAAGAGAUUAUGACAAAGAGAAGGAAAAAGAGCUAGAGAAGAAGGAAGAUGAGAUUAGGGAGGCACGUAGAUUAAAAGAAUUUCUAGAAGAUUAUGAUGAUGAAAGAGACGACCCAAAAUAUUACAAGGGAAGUGCUCUCGGAAGAAGACUGAAGGAGCGAGAAAAGGAAAUGGAAGCAGAUGCAAGAGACAGGGCUAGAGAGAAGGAAGAAAUUGAAGAGAUUCGCAGAAAACUUACAGAUGAAGGCCACCCUGAUGUAGACAUGAAAAUGGCUGAGAUAGAAAAGGAGAGAGAUGAACAUUUAUUACCAAGGCUAAAAGAAGAGGAAGAAAAAGUUAUAACACAAAAUGAACAGACUGUGACAUAUACUAACCCCCAGCUGUCUCCUGAGGAGACCAAACCACCUGAAGUUCCCAAUCAGCAGUCGCCAUCUACAGAUGGUGAAGUUGACGAACCAAUGAGAAGGAGCGAAUCCUCUGAUUCUGAAGACUCGCACUAUGAUAACAGUAAUAGUCAUUCGGCUGAGCCAUAUAUUGGUCCCGCAACACAGCAAGAGGCUGAGAAUGUAAGAACCAGCUUUGACGCAGCGAGAACAAUAGGUGCACAAGAUAGUCCAAAUACAGAAAUGCAAAACAGUGCCAAACGAAAGAAAAUGACAGUUGGAGAUGUCUUUAAUAAUGAUGAAGAGGAGGUAGACACAAGUAAGAAAAGGAAACUAGUCCCGCUAGAUUAUAGCGAAGAAGAAAAGGCUGCAAUCCAGCCAGUUAAAAAGGCAGCCACCGCAGAAGAAAAAAGAAAAAUGAUUAAAAAUCUUAUCGAGAAAAUACCAACAGCUAAAGAUGAUCUGUUUGCAUUUAGUUUAGACUGGAGCAUGGUUGACUCUAAUCUAAUGGACAAACGUAUCAAACCCUGGGUUAACAAGAAAAUUGUGGAAUAUAUUGGAGAAGAGGAGCCAACCCUUACAGAAUUCAUAUGUCAAAAAGUCAUACUACACAGUACACCUCAAGUUAUCCUCAAUGAUGUAGCUAUGGUCCUAGAUGAAGAAGCGGAAGUAUUUGUUGUGAAAAUGUGGCGGUUACUUAUAUAUGAGACUGAAGCAAAAAAGUUAGGACUGGUGAAAUAACAAUGGAAGUAUUGGGACUAUUUGGAAUCCAUGUUAAUGCACAAUCACUCAUGUAUGAGCACAGUGCAGCUGAUUAUGUUCUAGCUGCUAAUAAAGGACCUGUAUCAUCAUGUCUGGCUCAGGUUCAGAUGAAACUAAAAAUUGUAUGGAGUAAACAUGUAUUCUUUCGAUUUUUUUUUGUUGCUCUUUUUGAUCAACUGGAAUUUGAAAGUGUCUGAUACAGUGUGUGACUAUGAACAGUUAGAGCCAGUUAGUUUUGAUUCUUCAGCAUUUAUAGAAAAUAAUGACAACUGGUCGGUCAUUUGGAUGAAAUAUUCUCAAUUACAGUUAUGUUUUAAGACUUCAGUCAUUCCUAUUUCAUUUUAUAUAAUAGUUGACAUUUGAGUAAGUUUAAUUUCAUAGUAACGUUUUACUUUGUACAUUGGGGAAUAGUAUGUGGUUUAAUUGCUGUCUAUGAUAGCUGGGGUGGUAAUAGAUCAUACUAUUACCAAUUAUGUAUAACAGAACUGUCACUAUAAUAAUGAGCAUUUUGUAAUAAAACACAAUAUAUGAACAAAAGCUUCAUUUUCUGUGUAAAGAUUUAUUUACAAAAAUUAUAGUAAAAUGAGUGUAUAAUAUUGAUACUGUGGUAGAUCAAGUUUACAAGCAUUUCUGAGAGGCUGCUGAUUGAAGUAUGUCAAUAUAAAAGGUUGAGCAGGUAUAUAGUUAUCAUACUAAUUGACCAUUUACAUUGGCUCGCUGCUUUAAAAACCUUUUGUAAUGCAAAAUGCUAAAAUAUGUGAUUAUGCUGACAUCC